AUGCCCUCAACCCCCUCCCACAAAGGGGCCGCCUGUUCUGAGUGCAAAGGGCCCCUGGAGGAUGCAGUGACCACCACCUGUGGACACACCUUCUGCCGGCACUGCCUCCCCCUGCCCUCCCCGAUGGGGGCCCAGGCCUCGGGCAGGGUCCUGCUCUGUCCCCUCUGCAAGGAGGAGGAGCAGACUGAGACCAUCUUGGUUCCCGUGCCCCUGGGCCCUCUGGGGGAGACUUACUGCGAGGAGCACGGAGAGAAGAUCUACUUCUUCUGCGAGGAUGAUGCCGAGUUCCUCUGCGUGUUCUGCCGGGAGGGCCCCUCUCACCAGGCCCACAUCGUGGGCUUCCUGGACGAGGCCAUCCAGCCCUACCGGGACCGUCUCAGGAGUCGGCUGGAAGCUCUGAGCACGGAGAGAGAUGAGAUUGAAGACAUGAAGAACCGGGAAGACCAGAAGCUCCAAGCGCUCCUGACACAGAUUGAAAGCAAGAAGCAGCAGGUGGAAGUGGCUUUCGAGAGGCUGCAGCGGGAGCUGAGGGAACAGCAGCAUCUCCUGCUGGCCAGGCUGACGGAGCUGGAGCGGCAGAUCUGGAAGGAGAGGGACGAGUAUACCUCGAAGCUCUCGGAGGAAGUCGCCCGGCUUGGAGUCCAGGUCACGGAGCUGGAGGAGAAGUGUCAGCAGCCAGCAAGUGAGCUUCUACAAGAUGUCAGAGUCAACCAGAGCAGGUGUGAGAUGAAGACUUUUGUGAGUCCAGAGGCCAUUUCUCCUGACCUUGUCAAAAAGAUCCGCGACCUCCACAGGAAAAUACUCACCCUCCCAGAGAUGAUGAGGGCGUUCUCAGAAAACUUGGUGCAUCAUCUGGAAACAGAUACAGGGGUGGUCACUUUGGACCCUCAGACCGCCAGCCGGAGCCUGGUCCUCUCGGAGGACAGGAAGUCUGUGAGAUACACCCGGCAGAAGCAGAACCUGCCUGACAGCCCCCUGCGCUUUGAGGGUCUCCCGGUGGUGCUGGGCUCCCCCGGCUUCUCCUCCGGGCGCCACUGCUGGCAGGUGGAGGUGCAGCUGGGAGACGGCGGCGGCUGCACGGUGGGGGUGGUCCAAGAGGCGGUGAGGAGGAAGGGGGAGCAGGGCCUGAGCGCCGAGGAGGGCGUCUGGGCGGUGAUCCUCUCCCACCAGCAGUGCUGGGCCAGCACCUCCCCGGGCACCGACCUGCCCCUGAGCGAGAUCCCGCGCCGCGUGGGAGUCGCCUUGGACUACGAGGCCGGAUACGUAGCCCUGCUCAACGCCGAGACCCAGGCGCCCAUCUUCACCUUCACCGCCUCCUUCUCCGGCAAAGUCUUUCCUUUCUUCGCUGUCUGGAAAAAAGGUUCCUGCCUUACUUUGAAAGGCUGA